AUGUCGACGCGACGAGCCGCCUUGUCAGUAAUUACCUCCCGAACCGCUGGUCCAACCAUUGCCAGGUACUCCGAGCUCUAUAUGUUAACUUCUGUUAAACACAGGUCUCUCUACCGUCGCUCGCUAAAGCUGGCGUUGGAUUGGGCUGUCCACCGACAUUUAUGGCGUGGCCAGGCUCUUUAUAUUCGCUCACUAUUUGAGGCCAAUCGCAGUGUCACUGAUCCGCGGCAUCAAAGGGCGCUGUUGACUGAGACAGAGAAGUUGCUAGAGAGCUGGAAACACCCAGACCCUUACACUCCCCCGACAGCUCCAGGAGGUUCAAAGUACGAGAGAAACCUUCCAUCACCUGUUCUUGACCCUCCCCCGCACCCUGUCAACCGACACUAA